AUGAGGUUCUUCAAGACACUGAAAGCAGUUAUAUUCGCAGGUGCAUUUUGUGGAUCAGAUGCAUUAAAACAAACGCCAUUAGGUACUGAUGUGAAUAAGUUUGAACUACAAUCAGAGCCGCAGUUGGUUACAGGUUGUUUGAGCGCUUGUAGUGCGUUACGAGAAGAUUUCGGUUCCCAAGUUACAUUCUCUGAUGAGAGAUUGUAUGAAAACGAGUUGUCACGCUUCUGGUCGCUUCAGCAGUCUCAGACACUGCCGGCGUGCAUUUUUCUUCCCGAGAGCUCGCAUGAUGUUGCAUCCGCUGUAAUACUUGCACGAAGAUCCAAUUGCCCUUUUGCUGUCAAAUCAGGCGGCCACGCAGCGUUUUCUGGCGCGUCGAAUUUGGAAGGUGGUCUCACCAUCGAUUUAGUCGCAAUAAACGAUAUCACAGUCAACAAAGAGCGGGCAACAGUAUCUGUUGGCCCAGGAAACGGAUGGGGAGAUGUUUAUCGCCAAUUAGAAAAUCAAAACCUGACCGUCGUUGGCGGGCGUAUAGCGGACGUCGGCGUUGGUGGCUUAUCGCUCGGAGGGGGUAUCUCCUUCUUCAGUAACAGGCAUGGAUGGGCAUGCGAUAAUGUUGCAAGCUAUGAAGUUGUUACAGCUUCAGGAGACAUAAUCAUAGCUACUCCAACUUCUCACAAAGCUUUGUAUCAUGCGCUUCGAGGCGGGGGUAACAAUUUUGGCAUAGUGACCAAUUUUGAAUUGCAUACCUAUCCUCACGAUAGAGGCCUAAUGUGGAUAGGAAAGGUAGUUCAUGCUGGUGCUCGCAACAACAGUCUUAUCGAGGCUUUUGUGAACUUUGGAGAGAGAGGACGGGAUCCCAGUGCUACAAUGCUUUUCAGCAUCGUUUACCUUCAGAAAGGGAGCAAUUUUAUUUGCGUGAGCGAGCUGGACUACGCUGAGCCAAUAGCGGAUGAAGAAGUGCAUCCAACAGUGUUUGAUGCUUUUUUCAAAAUCGAAGAGCCUAUCCAGGUGACAAAAUCAACAAAAACCAUAGUCAACGUUAUUGAAGAUCACAGUGUCUCGAACCCUAAUGGACUGCGUCAAAGCUACUGGACUGCAACAUUUCAUCUGGAUCUCAGACUCGCACAGGGGAUCAGUGACCUCUGGGUACAAAUUUUGGAUCCCAUAAAAGAUAAAGUGGCUGGUGUCAUACCGGUCUUGACAUUUCAGAUCAUUACCACAUCUAUGAUGGAACACAUGGGCGAUAAAAAUGGCAAUUCACUGGGAUUAGAACACGAGAAAGAGCCACUCAUGCUUGUUGCCUUGAGUGCCAUGUGGAGAGAUGCAGCUGAUGAUGAUAUCGUAUUUGAAGCAUAUUCUAAGUGGCUGGCCGAAUCCACCUUGCGUGCUCAGGAGCUGGGACUCAAUCAUCGGUAUAUCUACAUGAAUUAUGCAAGUCAGUUCCAAGAUCCUAUUCGAGGUUAUGGAGAGACAAACGUUGCCAAAUUGCACAAUGCCGCAAAGGAGUACGAUCCAGAUGGUGUCUUUCAAGUUCUACAACCGGGGUACUUCAAGCUUUGA